AUGAGACUCUUCGGAAGAAUUCCGGUGCUGCUUCUGGCGGCUGCGAGAGGUCUGGUCAGCGCCCAGUUCCAAAAGCCCAUGGCACAUCCCCAUCAAGGCGUCAAGUUCAAUGUUAGGGAGCAAUCCCCUGACCUUUGCGAUGCUGGAUCCCGAUACUGGACCGGCACCAUUAACAUCACGGCGGAAAAGUCCAUGUUUUUUUGGUACUUCCAGAGUCGCAACAAGCCAGCCACGGAUCCUCUGCUUCUUUGGAUGAGUGGCGGUCCAGGUGCAACUGGAGAGUUGGGUUGCUUUCUCGGCAGCGGCCCAUGUGCAGUCAAUCCAGAUGGAAACUCGACGAGACGGCUCGAGUAUUCGUGGACGGAUCACGCUAAUGUUAUUUAUAUCGACCAGCCGAUUGGCGUUGGCUUUUCAGAGAUUGUUGACCGUGAAGACAUCGCUGUGAGCCUUGAACAAGGCGCACGAGAUAUCUAUUCUUUCUUGACCACCCUGUCUACAGACGUCUUUCCCGAGUUCUCGGGGCGCCCCUGGCACAUAACAGGCGAGUCGAUGGGGGGCCACUACGUUACUGGUUAUACCAAGUAUAUCAUGGACUUAGAGCAUGAGAGGGUUGCUCGAGGGUUGGAUCCUCAUAUCAACAUCUCCUCGGCCGUCAUAGUUGAUGGGUAUAUCGAUUCUUCAUAUCAGUCCUCUGGCUAUUUCGACUUUUUCUGUACAGAUUGGGACCCUGUAUCCCAUCUACGCACAGCACCUCUCAUGAACGAGACGGCCUGCGCCGAGAUGGCGGCCGCUGUGCCAACCUGUCGUCAUCCCUGCGAGAAACCUCCUCUGUGCUCCAACUUUGCUCACGGGGAAACUUGGAGAUUCUUCAACCAACCUUGGGUGCAAGGAAGGCUCGGCUUCUCGAGCUUACCAUUUGAGUUGAUUGACUUUGAUACCAAUAACCGCUGGGUCAAGGCCGCGCAUCUGUAUCGGCCAGUCACUCGUGAGUUGACUUGGCUGCUCGAUAAUACUGACAUUAGGAUACUCUUUAUCAAUGGAAACAAUGACAUCAUCAUUAACACUCCCGGCCAAAUGCGACUUUUGGAUGCGCAGCCAUGGAAGGGUCAAGCACAAUAUCGAAGCCUCCGCUAUGAGAGCUGGUAUUUCAAGCAGGGCAAACUGGUCUCCUUAAAGGAAGAGGGAGGAGGUGCGAAGAGGGGUGGGUUCUGGAAGGGCACUGAUCGCCUACAACUAUACGCAGUUGAUGAGGCCGGGCACUUUGCCCCCUACUUUCAGCCGGAGUCAAUCUCGGCUGUCAUGGGGGCAUGGCUUGCAGAACGAUGA